UACAAGAGUUAUUUGAAAUUAACUGCAGUUAUAGUUAAUAAAUAAUAAAUUUUUAAUACUAGAAAAAUGAAUUUAAUUAGUGGAAAUAAUUUGUCAAUUAGUUUAGUGUUAAUAAUAAACAUAAGUUGUGUUUUUUUGUGGAAAAUAGAAGAUGAUAAAUUUAAAUGUCCGCAAGUACGGGAAAUUAAAAAUUUUGAUAUUAAUCAGUUUUUAGGGUCAUGGUACAUAGUUCAGUACUACGCAAGUUCUGAGGAAGCGUUGUCGUACAAAUGUAUGCGAGCUGAAUUUUCUUUGUCAAAGGAAAAUCAAAAUGAAGUUACUAUGAAUUUUACUUACAAUUUUAUCGACGAUCCUCUCAAUGAAAUGAUUGUUGGAAACAUCACGUGGAAAAUUCCACUGCAACAUGACUCCUUAGCUCAUUGGGUCCACGCUGAAUUUCCAUAUGAAGAAGUUUACAACACUUAUGUACUAGACUCGGAUUAUAAAUCAUGGGCAUUAUUAUUACAUUGCGCUGAAAAAAAUAAGAGUCCCCGUUACUUGUCAAGUUUUAUAAUGAGCCGGAAAAAAAGUAUUGGCAAUAAUGUAAUUUCAUAUUUACGCGACAAAUUAACUCGGUAUUAUAUUAACUUAGAGUAUGUUUUUCCAAUGGAACAAAAGGACUGCAAAUUAUAUGACGGGGAUGCGCUGAUGAUAUCUCCAUACUUGGCUGCCAAGAAAGCUUACAAUAAACGUCAUCCUUUAUAA